GACUUGCGGGACAUGGCGUACCGCGUCAUCGUCGACCACGCCCGCUGCCUGACGGUGGCCGUGGCGGACGGCGCGGAGCCCUCGAGCGAGGGCCGCGGCUACGUGCUGCGGCGGAUUCUGCGGCGGGCCGUGCGCUACGGCCGCCAGAUGCUCUCCGCGCCGCCGGGCUUCUUCUCCAAGUUGGUGCCCGCCGUCGUCGCGACCCUGGGCCCCGGCUUCCCCGAGCUCGCGGAGGCCGCGGACAGGGUGCAGGAGAUCCUCCGCGCGGAGGAGGAGGCGUUCGACCAGACGAUCGAGCGCGGCAUGCAGUUCUUCGGGGAGAUCCGUGCCGGCAUGGAGAGCAGCGGCAGCAAGGUGGUGGAUGGGCAGCAGGCGUUCCUGCUGUACGACUCCCACGGCUUCCCGCUGGACCUCACCCAGCAGAUGGCCGAGGAGGCCGGGCUGACCGUCGACGUGGCGGCCUUCGAGAGGGCGAUGGAGGACCAGAAGGAGAG